ACGCCUCCUCAUCAGCCCCCUCCGUUCCUUCCCUCUGCUAAAACGAAACAAUCUGCUUGCGUUCGGCCAGGACAGCGCCCGGCGGGGAGGUCGGCGGAACAUGGCAGCGGCUGAAGGAAACACCGAGGGCAAAAUCCUAACGAUCUUCGUCUACGAUCAGCGUCGGGAUCAGUCACAUGACGCCAAAAUAGUCCUUCGAGGUCACCAGGGAAACUAUAGGGACUUCUGUAACGCCGUCCACCAGGCAUUUGAUAUUUCCUCCAAAGAAAUUUUUGUUAUCACAACAACUGAUAGAAAAAAAAUAACAAGUGAAAACUUUG